AUGGCAUUUCGCAAGCUCCUCCUCCCCCUCGUCCUGCUCGCCCUGUUCACCGCUGCGGAAGGGGCUCGUCCCAGGUAUGUGCCCCGCACUAGGAGGGCUCUCGAGAACCGUACCUGCCCCGACCGACACGGCGCUAAAACAAACCUCAAGACGUGCGCGUUACACUCUGUGUCCGACAAUCGCGCGGAGUGGCGGGGCGGGUGUCUGACGCAGAUGGUCGCGGUUGGAGAAGAAGCGUUGGUCCCAGUGACGUCAAAUGUGACACCGAAAUUGUAUGCAGCGCUAUAUGCACCUAAGGGCGUGGUCCCAUACGUCAAGGCAGACUCCAGGAUGUAA